AUGCACAUCGUACAGGAGGAGUUAGUGCGCCUCAUUUUCAGCGAGGUAGACGAGCACAAUGCACAAACGGAGGCUAUCGUAAGCGAGCUACGCCGCAAGCAAGAGGAAUCAGGCGAGGAGGGGGGUCAGGAGGUGGAUGAGGUCACGGCGACCACGAUGUGCCUGCAUUACGAGUGCAUCAAACGCAACAAGCGCAUGUUGCUAAUCUACAUGAGCGAGCGCAUGCAGCGGCUGCGGGACAUGCGGUGGUGUCAGCGCACCCUGCCCGAGGCUCAGAGGGCCCGAUGCUGCCAGAGCGAGAUCCAGUUUUACACGGACUACUCCCGAGCUUUGUCCACCUUCAUGUCCCGAGCGGAGGGAGUGGGUAUGGAUCUCACGCUGGACACUCGGCCUCCCAAGGACACCUUCGUCAACGUGCGGGGGCUCAAGGAUUCAGGAGAGGUCAUUCUGAGCUACGGCCGAGCUACCAUAUUGUACGGCACCAUCAUCAGCCUGCCCUCAGAGGAAGCUGAGCCGCUGCUGCGGGACGGCACCGUGGAGCUUGUGGAGUGGGAUGACGGUUUCGGUCGCAACAAACAGUAG